UUUUGUUGCCAAAAUAAUGUGUUAGGUUAUUUUAAGUCAUUAAUCAAGAAUUUAAUUGAAUUUUUCUGCAAUAAAAAUGCCGUUACCACCGGCAUUAGCUGCCCGUCUUGCUAAAAGAGGCAUUAUUAAACCUCAUUCUGCUGUCAUACCACCAAUUGACGAGCAACCAGCAAUAGUACAAGCUAACGAAGAAAUUAUCGCCGAGGACUACGACAGUAAACCUGAUGACUCUAUCGCGAAAGAACAAUACUGGGAAGGUAUAGAAGGCGUUAAUGUCGAUCCUAUUAAAGGUCAUAAAGGAUGUCCUAAUAAAAGCAACAUUUAUCAUGAGUGCACAAAAUUUUGUGUGAAAAAGUGGAAGCAGGGCAAGGUGAUUCCAGAUGAAGUCUAUUUAGAGAAUAAGCGUAAAGUUUUAGAGAUCUGGCCUCUUCCAUCUGGCUGGGAGGAAGUAUAUGACGAGGGUUAUGGCAGACAUUAUUUUUGGAAUGUUCACAAUAAUUUAGUAACAUGGUGGCCCCCUGCACAUCCCAAUGUCGUUACAAGUGAGAGUGCUGCACAUUUACGUGAAGAAAGGUUGUUGAAGGAAGGAGAUGAAAGUGAUGACAGUAGUGAAGCUUCAGACCAGGAAGUGCCUCAACAACAACCAAAAGAAAAACGUGAGCGUAAAGACAGGGAUAGAGAGAUGGUUCAUCGCAGGGAUAAGAAAAGGCAAAGGGUCAAAGAUAAUGACUUAGACCCAAUGGAUCCUGCAUCAUAUUCAGAUGUUCCUAGAGGGAACUGGACUUCAGGAUUGGACACCCAUGCUAAAACUGGAGUUGACACCACUGCCUCGGGCUCUUUAUACCAAAUGCGACCAUACCCUGCUCCAGGAGCCAUUUUAGCAGCUAAUGCUAAGCAACACUCUCCACCUCCUUCACCAUAAUAUGAUACUAUAAAUUUUGUGUUACUAGAAUUGCCAGAUUUUCAAGAAAAUAAGCAAAUUUUAACUUGCAAGAGGCUUGGUUCAUUAACAUCUCAUCUGUUGAGAUAAGAGGCACAAUAGUUUUUACAUUGUGUCUGGCUCUGAUCAGUGUAUCCCGCAUUCGAAGGGUUAACAACCUGGUGGAAGAAUUCCAUUUUUUGAUAUAAAUAAAAGAAGUACUAAUUGAAUAA